GUGCUGGGCCUAUGGGCACAGUACAUUUGUUUUUGGUGAGUUAGGUAUGAUCGGAAUUUAGUGUUACGAAUGCCAUUGGUGGACCUCGUCAUGAUUGACAUUAGUGAAACACGAGGUGAAAAUGCACGUUGAGAUCUGUAAGAUCAGGACACGGAGGAGGCGAAAGAGGUUGAACAUAUGUGGUUUUCGUGCUUCCGAUGUAAUACAGAUUGACAGCUUCGAUGUUAAAGUACUGUGCAUGCACGUGUAGCUGCUCGUGGUUUCAACAGCUGACACAGCAAACACAACAAUGUCUUUUAAAAUUCAAUGUCAAUGUGUCUACUGUGAAAGAUAUUUUCUCUCAACUAGAACUCUGGAGAAACAUUGUUAUCUGCGACAUAAUCAAGGCUUGCGCAACACGCCAAGAUUCUUUGAUUCUUCAAAGAAAGACGUUACUGUCCCGGUGGCUUGUGAGAUUGCCGAUGCCGUUGUACGGGCGAAUUAUUUACGAUGGCUAGCUUGCCUAGUUGAAAGAGUAAACGGUGCACACCAUCCAAAAUCUAGAGGCCGCUGGUUCCGAGUCGAGGUCUUCCAAGUGCCUGAAGAAUUUUUCCAUCGCAUGUUGUGGAAGCUAAAUGGACCUUAUACAGAUGCUGUGAGAAAGAUGAGCCAUUUAAAACAGCCUAUGAUAGUCAAUCGAUCGCUUCGAUUCUCAUACAAAUUCUUCGACGAACAGCCAAUCAUCGAACUGUUUCAUGAACAAAGUGAUGUGGUUCUACAGCUGAAAGCAGCAUACACAAAUGCUGGAGAACUGGUAACGAACGACCCUUACGACCUCGACGAUCCCCGUGAGGCACUAAGGGCGGCCAAGAGAAGGGCCGGUGAGAUGAAGUCUAAAAAAGCACAACCAAAUGUCCGCAGCUCACUUACAAUAUGUCAAGGCGAAGGCAGGGCGACUAGAGAAUUUGAGCUGCAGUGGUGGCCUGCCAUUUACAAAACUGCUUUUGGUAAACUCACCUUACGUUUCUUUGUCAAUAAGGUUCAUAUGUAAUUAAGUAAAUUGACCAUUAAAUUUUGUAUAGGCUUUAAUAUUAUACUACAAAACUGUUUGCUCUUAUUUGCAAUCCAUCUAAUACUAUCUAUCUUCCCUGUGUUUAAGGUCAAUCUAUAUUUCAAUUGAUAUCGUAUUUUUCUCUUUUUCUCUAAUAUUAUUGUUAAGUUUAUGUUAAAAAUAAAUGGAUUAAUUAGUGAUAAAAUUUUUAUAACAAUAAUUUUAGAGAAUAUGGUACUAUCUAUCUGUCUGGUUGUAUGUCUGUCUAUCUGAG